AUGAGGCUCUUAGCGCAUCUGCUAGGCGUCUUUGCCGCCUGCUCGGCGAACCCAUUGCUCUCCCUCUUCUCCAAGGCCAAAUCAUUGGCCUCGGCAAGGAACAUCGGCAUUACCGCCCUACUGCCGGCUCUCAAUACUGUCCGGGAAGCGGCCAGUGCGGCCGAAGACGACCGCCAGGGACUCAAGGACUCGUUGCGCGAGAAAGCGAGCGAGACGGCUAAGUACUGCGUAUGGCUCCACCUCGACAGAGAUGAGAAGGCCGCGAAAGAGAUCGAUUGUGAUGAGUUCACCAAGAUGGUCAAGACAGGCCUGCCGCGCAUGAAGAAGAAAUUGCGCCGCCGCGGAUUUCUUUCGCGGCUGUUCACGUCGACGCCGUCAAACGAACUCGUCGAGAUGUUCCUGGAAGAGGAGAUCGCGAAGACCCUCAAAGAGAAGAAGGUGAGUCUGAAGGAUGGGGACAAUGGAGGCUAUCUUCCUCAUCUGGGCGCGAGGAAGCCAAGCGAAGCUGCCUGCCGCACGAAUAAGUCCGAGAAGGCACCGAAGGAGGAGAAAGCGUGCCCCAAGGGGGCGCUGUGCUUUCCGUGGCCCAAACUCGCUUGGAUCAAGCCGCCGCCGAUGUGCACGAUUCCUAAAGACAGCACGGUGGCGACGCAAACCAAGUUCGGCAAGCGGCUCCUCGUCGCGGUCACGCCGGCUCUCCUCGGCGUCGCUGCUGCCCUUCAAGUGAGACUGCUCGCGCCGCGCCCACUCCUGCCUAAGCGCACCAGUUAG